UAUAACUUCAUCUCUACAAUUCUUCACAUUCUCAUCUCUCUAAUCAAUCCAUGGCGAUUUACUCAGGUGUGAUGGAGGAGAUCACAUCGUACACGGGUCUUUCCCCGGCGGCCUUCUUCACCAUCGCAGCUCUCGUCGUCGUCGUCUUCAGAACCGUCUCCGCCAUGUUCGUCUCUCCCGAAGAUUUCAACAAGCCUCCAGUCGCCGCCGCCGUCUCCCUAAACCCCAACAACAGCAGCAGCAACAACAGCUCCAGUUUUCUCAACGGUGUUUUGGAUCAAACGACUACUAAGCCUGUUCAAUUGGGAGACAUUACCCAACUAGAACUCAGCGCCUAUAAUGGUUCUGACCCAAAUAAGCCUCUUCUUAUCUCAGUCAGGGGUCAGAUCUACGACGUCUCUUCUUCCAGGAUGUUCUAUGGUCCUGGAGGGCCGUACGCGAUGUUUACAGGGAAGGAAGCUAGUAGAGCUUUGGCUCUGCUUUCUUUCAAGCCUCAAGACAUGAAUGACAAUCUUGAAGAUUUGGGUCCUGAUGAGCUUCAAGUUUUGGAGGAUUGGGAGGACAAGUUCAUUGAGAAGUAUCCCAAGGUUGGGAAGCUCGUGAAAGAGUCGACCACGACUGAGCAGCCAUCUCAAAGUGGAGAGGAGUUGAAGAAAGAACUUUAGGUGUAGAUCAAGUGCUCUUGUUGGUAAUUUUGUACAUGUGUAAUAUGAUGAAACUUGUGAGAAAAUUAUUCAUUGUAAUAGGAUGAUUGACCAAUCCAAUUUAAUGGGGAUGUUUUGAUCUAAUGUAAUUGUAAUUAACAAUUUUCUUUUAGGUGCUGGUGUUGGAAGUUUUGGUCAAAUUUGGAUUUGUUGUAUUGCCAAAUGAAUACCAUUCAUUAUUUUUAUGAAAAUAAUGUAAUGUGAAGAAACUUGUGAGCAAGUAUUCAUUGCA